AUGGUGCCAGCUGUCGUGGCCACUGAUGACCACGAUACAGGUCACGUCGUGCCCCUCUUGCUGGCACUGACUUUCUUGGUCAUGCUGGCUGCUGUGACUGUAUUGUGGCUGCUGCGCUGCACGCGCCCCAAGCGGAAUGCUUCGUUUGAAGAAAUGCGUGCUGCACGGUCCAACUUUCAAGAGGGCGGUUGCGACUGUGCCCCUCUCACCAUGGAGCUCACAGGUACCAUUGCAUCCUCAGAGGACGCCUUCGCGGUAGAGCCACAGCACACCUUUGGCCCCUACAGGUACGUGCUGAAGGUGGAAAAGGAUGGCUCCAUCGAAGGCCAUGGGCUGCUGCCCCAGCGGCGUGGCUUUGCAGAAGUGCGCGUCAGCGGCAAAUUGCGGCUCGAGACACCGCAGCAGGGCGACGUGCGGUGGAGAGAAGAAGGAAAGAGGACUUCAGAGACAGAGGUACGUGGAUGGAUCUUCUUCCAAGGUGCCCUGGUGCAAGUUGCAGCAGGCUUCUGCACUUGCGACGGCAAGACAGGGGCCUUCCAAAUCCGUGGGUCGAUGCGCAGCGAUGCGGACGUGCCUGAGGAUGGCACGGAACGCGCUUGCGCAGAGAUCCGGGGCACACAAAGUCUGGCAUCAACUGCCGGGACGAUGGCCGACCUCGAAAACAAUGUGGAGGCAGUUCGUACAGAUUCGAAGGUGGCCUUGUCAGGUGUGGCCCAUCUGUGA